GACUCGCCUCCAGAGUCCCCGUUCUAGGACCUCCCUGACUGUCAACGAAAGAUGCCAAUCACAGGCAGCCUCAGCCAGAUCAAAGAGCGCCCAGUAAAAAAAACAAAAUCAGGUUGAGGGCAGAAAUGAAAUCAACAUAGCAACCUCCAAUGCAUGAAGGAAACUCCGUUUACACAUGCUCGUAGGAUCCCCUGCGUGGAAACAGCAGCUUGUCUCUGACUACCCGGAGGACAUGGAGCACCCCAAAUAGGAACUUUAGAGGGAUUGAAAUCUGUUGCCUGUUCCACUAGGAAUAUUGUUUGCAAGGCACAAGGUGUCUUUUGGUAGUGAGCGCGCUCUGCGCAUGCGCAGGUCCAUUCGGGAAUUACUGCCCAGCAGCCGACUAAGUUGCAUUCCUUGAAUCUUCGCAGAAAAGACAAUUCUUUUAAUCAGAGUUAGUAAUGUGGACAGUACAAAAUCGAGAGAGUCUGGGGCUUCUCUCUUUCCCUGUGAUGAUUACCAUGGUCUGUUGUGCACACAGCACCAAUGAACCCAGCAACAUGUCAUACGUGAAAGAGACAGUGGACAGAUUGCUCAAAGGAUAUGACAUUCGCUUGCGGCCGGACUUCGGAGGGCCCCCCGUCGACGUUGGGAUGCGGAUCGAUGUCGCCAGCAUAGACAUGGUCUCCGAAGUGAAUAUGGAUUAUACACUCACCAUGUAUUUCCAGCAGUCUUGGAAAGACAAAAGGCUUUCUUAUUCUGGAAUCCCACUAAACCUCACCCUAGACAACAGGGUAGCUGACCAACUCUGGGUACCAGACACCUACUUUCUGAAUGACAAGAAAUCAUUUGUGCAUGGGGUCACAGUGAAAAAUCGAAUGAUUCGACUGCAUCCUGAUGGAACAGUUCUCUAUGGACUCCGAAUCACAACCACAGCUGCAUGUAUGAUGGAUCUUCGAAGAUAUCCACUGGAUGAGCAGAACUGCACCCUGGAGAUCGAAAGUUAUGGCUAUACCACUGAUGACAUUGAAUUUUACUGGAAUGGAGGAGAAGGGGCAGUAACUGGUGUUAAUAAAAUCGAACUUCCUCAAUUUUCAAUUGUUGACUACAAGAUGGUGUCUAAGAAGGUGGAGUUCACAACAGGAGCAUAUCCACGACUGUCACUAAGUUUUCGUCUAAAGAGAAACAUUGGUUACUUCAUUUUGCAAACCUACAUGCCUUCUACACUGAUUACAAUUCUGUCCUGGGUGUCUUUUUGGAUCAACUAUGAUGCAUCUGCAGCCAGAGUCGCACUAGGAAUCACGACAGUGCUUACAAUGACAACCAUCAGCACCCACCUCAGGGAGACCCUGCCAAAGAUCCCUUAUGUCAAAGCGAUUGAUAUUUAUCUGAUGGGUUGCUUUGUGUUUGUGUUCCUGGCUCUGCUGGAGUAUGCCUUUGUAAAUUACAUCUUCUUUGGGAAAGGCCCUCAGAAAAAGGGAGCUAGCAAACAAGACCAGAGUGCCAAUGAGAAGAAUAAACUGGAGAUGAAUAAAGUCCAGGUCGACGCCCACGGUAACAUUCUCCUCAGCACCCUGGAAAUCCGGAAUGAGACGAGUGGCUCGGAAGUGCUCACGAGCGUGAGCGACCCCAAGGCCACCAUGUACUCCUAUGACAGCGCCAGCAUCCAGUACCGCAAGCCCCUGAGCAGCCGCGAGGCCUACGGGCGCGCCCUGGACCGGCACGGGGUACCCAGCAAGGGGCGCAUCCGCAGGCGUGCCUCCCAGCUCAAAGUCAAGAUCCCCGACUUGACUGAUGUGAAUUCCAUAGACAAGUGGUCCCGAAUGUUUUUCCCCAUCACCUUUUCUCUUUUUAAUGUCGUCUAUUGGCUUUACUAUGUACACUGAGGUCUGUUCUAAUGGUUCCAUUUAGACUACUUUCCUCUUCUAUUGUUUUUUAACCUUACAGGUCCCCAACAGCGAUACUGCUGUUUCUCGAGGUAAGAGAUUCAGCCAUCCGAUUGGUUUUAGGUCUUGCAUAUCAGUUUUAUUACUGCACCAUGUUUACUUCAAAAAGACAAAACAAAAGAAAAUUAUUUUUUCCAGUCUACCGUGGUCCAGGUUAUCAGCUCUUUAAGAGCUCUAUUAAUUGCCAUGUUUACAAACAAACACAAAGAGAGAAGUUAGACAGGUAGAUCUUUAGCAGUCUUUUCUAGUUUCCCUGGAUUUCACUGAUUUAUUUUUUAGAGAAAAUGAAAAGAGGACCUUGCUGUCCGCCUGCACUGCUUCCUGGUAAACUGUAACAAUCUUAUGCUGCCAAAAAAAAAAAAAAAAAAACAUUAAAAAAACCACACAAUUUCCAGGAUCUCAGAAGAAAAAAACAAAGCCAUUGACAAGUUACAGAUUUCCAGGAAGAAGGCAAAAGAAAAAGGAGCUUAGACAGGGAAGGAAGACUCCCCUCUAUCCUUAAGUUCUCCCAUGUCCGUUGCAAAAGGGCUCCACAGCUCCACAGAAGAAGAGGGAAGGAAGGACAAGUGCUGGUCAAGGUUAUGCAAUCCCAACCUGCCAUCUUCACUGCACCAUUAAGCUGGAUAUUCUGAAAUAUGCUUCUUUCUCAGACUUUCUGGCAAAUUUUAAAUUAACAUUAGAAUCCAACCUGGUCGACCUGGUAGCCAUUGAGAACAUUUUUCUUUUUUUCUUGAGAAUAAGGAGCUUGGAAGGCAAUGACCAUUUUUCUAACUGGCCAUUUCAAACAUGCAGCCCUGAAUUCAUCUCAUCAGCCUGGAACCCCCUGAUGCUGUGCCAGGAAGCCAUGCCACCCCAGUUCCAUAGUUCCUGCUCCAGAGAGUGUGGGAGGAAGGGGAUGGUGAGCAAUUUUUGCUUGAGAAAAAUAUUGCCCUUGCCAUUAGGAAGGCAAGAUUUAUGUGCUGUGAAAAGGGUGCCUGGGCAGUUAUCUGAACUGCCAAAUCUUAAAUCAAAUAGUAUAUAUUUCUUUGCCUUCUAGAGAGCAGUAUCUAAUGGUGACAGGCUGGUCACACAGGCCUCAACUGGCACUUGAUGGCUCUGCUCUCUGAGCUCUGCAUUCCAGACUGGAAUGAAUGCUUUGGAAAAUGCACAAACACCCAUGUUGGUGUCAUUCCCCUUCAGGACCAGAAUUCCAUUUUAAAGAAAAUCUUGAAAAUAGCAGAACUACAGAUAAAAACAAGAGCGAUGACAAAAGCAGUGGAGCUUCCAACACAUGAACCAGUCCCUAAAGAAUAGACCCUGUCUACACUCAUUAAUCACUGUCAUUGCUCCUCUGCUUUAUCUCUGCUUGUGGAUUACUCUUGGUCAUGGUUCUCAUAGAAGGGGCAUCCUUCAGUAGCCCAACACAAUUCUAAACAUGUCCAACCAGCUACAGUUGAGAUUCUUCCCAUGUUAUAUCACUGAAACCUUGUCAUUUUAUUUUUCAACCUCAGUAUCUAAGAAUUCUGUAUGUUCAUUUGCAAGACUGAAUGAAACUGUAAGCUAACCAAACACUGAUGCAGGAGGUUUGGGACCUGACCCGUGAAUGUGAAAUAAGGGUUGAGGUAAUAAUAGGGACGAUUGCCUGGCUUAAUGAUCUAGCUUUUUCCCUAAGACUGUGAUGGGGUCCAUGUUUACAAUAGCAUCAGCUUCUGGAAAUUACAGUCUUCACUGGACAGAUGAUGCUGAAUUUUUACUGAUGAGCUGAAGCGGAGAAAGUUACAAGAUAUUCUCUUAGAAAGCAAGAGGAAAAGGGAACCUUAAAAUAAAUGAAUAGUUAAGGCUGAAGAUAAUAUAUAUACAAAAACUCUGCUUUAACUGCAAAAAAUGAUCUCAAUGGUUUCAUGAUAGGGACCACAUUUUUAUUUAGAUUUUUAGUUGUAUUAUCACACUUUCCUGGUCAAGGAAAUCCCCAGCCUUAGGGUAUGAAGUCAUCCAUUUUGAAACUCUUCAGUCCCUUGGCAGGGUGAGAUGCUUUGCCAUCAUAAAAUGGCCAAAUAGAGUGGCAUGUGGCCAUGUCAGUGAUUGUAAGGUUAAUAUUCCGUAAUGACCGCAAAGGAACCACUGUGCAGCCAUUUAUUUUAAACACAGGAAGGAAAAUUGUUGGCUGAUGCCUAAUAAAAAUGAAUCAUUCUGGGUGUCAAAGCUCUUUUAAAAGCUUUUAAGAAUGAAAUGCUAAAUCAGAAAGGAAGUAUCUGUAAUCUAUGUUCCUUAAAAAACAGUUUAUUUUUAUUUAUCUAUUUAGAUUAUUAUUGUUGGGAAAGAUUGAGAAUAUUUGUAUUUUUAUUAUUAUAUUUUUAUCUUGCCUUUAAAAAAUCUAACGAUUUUGAUGCUGUAGUUUUAGAUGUAAAGCAUCUUCUGAGAAAAAAAGAGAACAUUUUGAAUUCAUAUCUUAACCUUUGUAAAAUGUGAACUUAUUAAGCCUGAAUCUACCCAUCAGGCACAAAAUGGUGUCACCAUAUGCCCUCCUGGGCAGUAGAGGGGCCACAGCCAGCAUUAUAAAAAUCCUGGUAAAUAGCUGAUUUUAGAGGCAGUGGCAGCCAGAAGAAUGGAGAAGCUGCUAUAUUUACGGUUAAAGACCUCUGUCCCCACUUCUUUCUGGACACCUGUGGGCCAAAUUCUUCCCUCCUUGGCCCCACUCCUAGCCAAGUCCUCACCUUUCAGGCUGAACAGUGAAUAGAAAAAAAAAAAAAAAAAAAAAAAAAAAACUUCCUUCUCUGGCUGUCUCCCUUGUCUUGCCCAAAAUCAUGUACAUAAAAUAUAAAUGUUGUUGGACAUUCUUAAGUGCCCUCAAAACUGGCCCCAUUCUUGAAAGAUUCAGAUUAUUACAUGAUAGAGGGAUUAUUAUUCAAUCAUUAUUGGGUUGUUUUCUUUUUGCCAUGAAAAUAGCCAUAAUCCCCUGCAUUAGUUAAGUUGAGGAAGAGGCUGAAAGUUACACAGACUCACUCUCUGAUGUCCAAGUCAUGUCCAAGUAACCCCAUGUCUACAGUUCAGAAACUGUGACAUAAACUGUGUCAUAGACUUCACCUGUGUAAGCCCAGUGGAAAUUCCAGCUUUCACUGGACAGUGAUGACUGCAUACUCAUUCCUUCCAAUCAUGUUCCUUGGCUUAAAAUAUUAGGGAUGACAUGUGCAUUACACUUACCAGCUUUGUGAGGCAAAGAUCCAGGUCAAGAUAUAUUUUCGGCUUGAAUUAUCCAGGAUUAUUGCCUCUGUUUUCCACAUCGCCAAAUAGAAACAGCAGAUUGGUUGGUAAUUCUGCCAACUGAAUGAUAUGUGUUUUCAUACAUGCCAUCUUUAUUGUACAUUACAAUCAACAAAGGGCCUUGAAAAUGCAAAGAGAAAAAAAUGUGAUGCAGAGAAUAAACUUUGGUUUAAGGGUCCAAGGAUAGGCAUUCCUUAAAAAGCAUUAUGUACAAUACAUAGAAAUGUUGACUAAAUUCCAUCUUUCUAAAAUCAAUGACUAUUUUAUAAAUAUUAAGAAAGAAUUCAAUUAUAAUUUGCCAAGUUAAACAAAAAAAGAUAUAUUUGUAAUACUUCUAGAAGGAAAUAAUCUCCAAGAUUUCUUAUAUGGACAAUUUUGAAUAGUAUAUUACCAAAGGGUGAUGUGUCACCAUUUUCUUUCCUAAACAAAGUAAAUCAUAUAUCCCAGGAGGGAGAAAAAAGGAAUGUACAAGCAUUUGUUCAUGGUGGUUCAAUCAGCAUUACUGGAAUGAGGGGGACAGAAAAACAAACAAAUAUAUCUGUUUCCUGAAAGCAAGCAGUGAACAUAAAGGUAAAUUUGUUAAUGGAAUGUAGACUAUUAUGUAAACUUCCUUGUAAAUUCUGUACAUAGUUCAUUGACCCUGUUGUGUGGUGGUCCUCAGCUUUGGGUGGAUGUUCAAAAAAUCUGAGCAUUGUAAAUAAUGUAAGCUUAUAAGGUAUUUGCUUUUCUUCAUUAAGUGAAAUGACUAGUGAUUUGGGCCCAAACCAGAAUCUUUUUAGCUCUUGCUCUUUCUCUGCCAUUUUGUGUGUGCAGUUGUGUAACUCUGCUGCAAGCCAUAGCCAGGUGUCUGUGAUCACUGCCUCAUCCCCCUACCCCACUGAAAGGAACAGCAGCUGAUGAGAAGGCUGCAAGCCUGUGGGGCUCAGGAACAGCGCACCAGCAGAAACGGAAACUGUAGCAAGCUGCUCCUUGAACUGCGUCAUAAAGAGAUUUGUCUUUAUCAGUCAUUCGUGGCUAUUCAUAUAUUCAGAUACUGAAUUAUCCAUGCCGUUGAGGGGGUCAGGAAUGGAAGAGAUAUUCAAAAUCCACAGGCAAUCCAAAGCUUUAUUUGCACCAAUAGCUUUAGCUUCUAACUUGUUCUCUUCCAGUUUCCCGGAACUUCUAUUAAGAAUAGAAGUGAAUGGAUGGGUUUGAUCAGGGUAAAGAGUCAAAUGUCCAAAUGAUGGGAAGGAACAAAGGAAGGACAGUAAAUGAUUGGUAACACCAACAGGCUGAUUCAUUCCUGAAAGAUCCAGAGGUAACCAUGUCAUUAUUUUUUAAAGGCAAAGAGAAAUAUUGUUAUACACUGGGACUUGAAACUAGUAUUUUUGGCCAGACAUGGUAAUUCAUGCCUGUAUUUCCAGUACUUUGGAAGGCCAAGGUGGGAGAAUCACUUGAGGCCAGGAGUUUGAGACCAGCCUGGACAACAUAGCAAAGCCUGUCUCUAUUAAAAAAAAAAAAAAAAUAGCUGGGUGUGUUGGCAUGCACCUGUAAUCCUAGCUACUUGGGAGGCUGAGGUGGGAGGACCACUUGAGCCCAGGAGUUCAAGUGAGCUAUGAUUUGCCACUGCACUCUAGCCUGGGCAACAGAAUGAGACUCUGUCUCUUUAAAAAAAAAAAAAAAAGAGAGAGAGAGAGAGAAAGAAAAAACACACACACACAAGUAUUUGGGAUAUGUGUGAUAUGUGCUAAUUAAGCUUAAAAGAGUCUGGUAAUUAAAUGUUCUCAAAUACAUUUCUCCCAAGUAUUGGUAUUCCUGAAAAAGUCUUCAGAAUGGUGGAAUAUUAUGCCACAAGAUGUGUUUCCAUGCAAACUGGCAGUCCCAGGGAGAGCAAUGGUGUCUAUAGAAAUUCAGAAUAUCUAAACCAGCUUAUUUCUUAGUAAUGUUUUAGAAUGGACAACAUCUUUCUUGGAGGUAAGAACUUUGCAAGAUAGGACUUUUUUAUGCCAACAUUUUAAGUGCCAGGAGAGUUCAGUAAGCCAUGACUUUGAGAUAUAUUGGUUCUAAAAUUUGCCAACUAGGGUCCACCAUCAAUUGAGAAAGAAAAAUGCUUCGUUUGAACUGAUCAGGUCAGUCAAUUACUAGUUCCAGAACACACUGUGCUUUUACCACACUUUCUUUUUUUAAGAUAACUGAAAUCAACUAAAUAGAAAACAUAAUUUUUGGAGACUGCAAUUUAAAAGCAUUUGAAAGGAAAUCAUUUUUAAUAGAGGAAUUGCAAACCAGAGAAUAAUAAGCUCCUGGAAGGAUAAGGGUAAAGAGUUUUGUGUUUGUUAUUACUUCUCCUAUAGCAAGAAUUUCUUAUACAAAUUGAAACGGUCUAACAGUUGUUUGUUUGGGUGUUUUGUUUGGUUAGUUGGUUUUGUUUUGUUUUUUUCUAAUUAAAAAGUUCUUGUUACAUCAAGGGACUCAUAACCAUUCCCUAUUGGCCCCUGGAUACUUUGCAUAUCCUGAAACAACCAGCACUGAUCAGAAAGCAUUCAGCCCAGUCAGAAUUCAAGGUGGGAAAAGUAGGUGUAUUUCUGAACCAUUUGGGAAGGAAAAUCAUUUUUCUGAACAACACUACCUGCAUUUCUGUUUCUGCAGACAGUCAAAAAACAAACCAAUAAAAAUAAGUAAGUGAAAGAAAGGCCAAAUAGCAUUAUUCAUUUGCCUUAGGUUUUCAGGGUCACAGAUUCAUUAGCUUAAUUACAACCUCAUUUGGAUGCCAAAGAAUGAGUAAGAGCAAUCAGUAUUGCUACCUGGCUCUUGCUUCUUCUUCCUGGGUUUGUUUUGUUUUUCAGAGAAACAGGGAAGGGAGGACAUUUUCUAAUAUAAUUGUUUAUAGGGACAAAUUGUUAAAAUAUGAUGUGUGUGCAUUUUGCAAGUUUGACUUGCGUAAAUUAGAUUACCUCUCCUGUCUUCUUUCCUUCCCACACUGUAUACCAUCCUGCCUCAUGUCAACCCAAUGAAAUUGAUUCUAUUAUUUUUCCUCUUUCUUAUUUCCAAACCUCAUAGGCUGUCUUGCCUAUGAACAGUUGAAAGUUUUGACUUCUUUGGACUCAAUUGAAUUCACUAAAACAAUGAAUUUUAAUAACUUUUUUCCAAAUUCUUAUUCCCAUUGCCUUUAAAAGUCCUUUGGAGGCAGGUUGUAUAAUCAUAAUAGCCUCCUCUGAACUGCCUUGAGUUGUUUUUCUUUUCUGCUUUUCUGUCACUUAUGUAAAGAGCACAUGUAUUUACAUAAACCUUCUCUGUCCCAGCCUAUUUCAAAAUAAAGUGGAAAUAAAAAUCUUUAGCUCAAUCUUACAGAAAUUUACAUUAUCUACCCCAGAGUUUGAAGAUAAGGCCAUCUCCUUACACUAUAAUUGUAAUAUAGUGAACUUAAAGUGUAUCAAUCCUUUAUCAAACUUGUUUAUUCAUUAGCUUUUUCAGUCUCCAGUAGGCCCAUUUUACAAUUUAUUAUUAUUCCUCCCAGAAGGGCUUAUCAUUCAAAUAGCAUACCACUAGUUACAGACUAUCCUUGAUCCAUUUCAUAUUUUUUGUAUAUUACUCCCAUUACAAAUUUCUACUUCUAUAUAACACCCUACCCACUUCCCCUCAGCCUUGCAGACAGCCUGCAAACUGUCUAAAUUUCUCCCAUAAAAAUAUGUAGAACAUCUGUUUCCUCUAGACAGCAUUUACAUAGAUUUGGAAGAGAGUUCUCUAAACAUAUACCAAAGAGUAUGCAGCCUAACCUCGAAAAGUUAACAAUAAGUGAGCAUCAUGAUGGAGAGAGGGAAUUCACAGUGGAUGGAAGACACCUUGGAAUUAUUAACAUGAUUGGGGACCUGGUCUUGGUGCUGUCUCUGCCACUGCCUAGGUGCAUGACUUUGAACAUGCCACCAGAUGACCUCCAAGUUCUCUUCCAAAACUAAAUUUCAAAUGUAAUUUUAGAGAAGUUCAUUUGUAUGGGAGGUUAGCAGAAAGAUACAGGAGGACCAUGGCCUCUGCUAACAUAACCCAACUAAUUUAGUAAUAAUUCUUGAUAGCGUGUCUUUGAGAGUAAGCCAUCUGGUAUCAAGUGAAUUGAAUUCAAUACCUAUUCAUGUUCCUUUAAAAAUAUAUAGGACAUACAGUUACAUUUGCAAGCCAAGUGGAAAAAUGUUACUAUUUUUGUAAUUUUCUAUAACUACAAUAUUUCCCUUUAAGAGAGAGUCUCAGAUAAUACAAAUCCUUUAUUUUUAGAUCCCUGGAAGAUAAAGAUGUCCUUAAACUAUUCUCUGUAAUUCAAUUAAGGAACAGCCAUGAAACACCCCAUCAUGGGUAGAAAAGCCAAUCUCUAGGCAGCAUCUAAGCCCAAAUGUUGUUGCAGUGCCCUCCUCAGUCUUGGACCCCACACUGUCUUGUUUCCUGAAAGUAGAGUAGCAGAUAUUUUUGAGCUCUCAGGCAAGAAGCAGCUUUCCAUCUAUAAUAGUUGGAAAGAUCCAAGGUCUUUAGAACAUCUGUUAUCCACUCUCCUUGCUCAACUCCUUCCACCCCGGCUUACCUAGUUAACUACUUACCUAGUUAAAUCCACUGGUGUUAGGCACAGCCAAGACAAAACUGACAGUUUAUUAAUUUGUGAUUAGCAUUCUAGCUAUUCAUGUUCUUCAAGCAUUCAUGAAGAAUUCCGGUCUCUGAACAUUGUCCUCAAUACAACUUCUGUAAAAUUUUUUUUCUUUGUUGAAAGAUACCUUCCAACUCUAAACUUUCAUGAUUUUCCUGAGUAUUUCCUGGCCAUUCAAGCUUUUUCCACUCUACUAAGCUGUCUAGAUUUUAUCCAUUUUUACCUUGAUGAUCCAGAUUUUGGGCAGUUCAAAAAUGAGUAGAGAGUAAGGGGGAAGAGAACUAUUCCCACUCCUAACAGAUAAAUAUCAUGCUCAGUAGACACUCUGUGUCCAGUUUUGUUUUCUGCUUUUUCCAUCUGUUCCACCCACUUGCUUACCCAUACAUAAAAGCCUUUCCUUAGUCUCUUGAGAAAAUGUAUAGAAGGAAAGUUUGCACAGCAGCGAAAUAGCCUGAAAUGUGCUCCAGUUCUUUUUGGUUAACAUUAUUGUUAAGACCAUAUGACCCAAUUUGCCUCAGACAGUCUCAGCGUGUAAUUAUUAAUAAAACUCCUUUUCACUCUCAAAAUUGUCCAUGUGAAUAAUAAAUGAUAUGACCACCAUAAUUAUGGGGUCUCAGCCACCAGAAGGGUGGGAAAAUAUUAAUAAAUUUAACAUUAACACACUACAGAAAACAUGUCUUGGCUCCCUACAAAUCAUUUAAGUCUGGCCCAGUCUUCUCUACCACUCAUACUCACCUUAUUUCUCCAUGAGUUCCUUAAUUAGCUGCAAGCAAGCUCAUCCUCAGGUCUUCCUUAUCCUUCCACUCCAACAUCCACACAUCAUCCCAAAAUGUUCUCACUGCUGUGCUUGAAGUUUUACAUUUUAUUUCCACUGAUUAGAUAUUUUUCUUCCUAGCCCCAUCUCAAUCGUGGUUUAUGAAUCAGGCCAACAUCCUCGAAAAUGCUGUCCAUGAGCACCCUGCCUCAUUCUGUUCACUCUCCUGUUAACACUCCCUCAAUUCUUGUGGUCACUUUAUUCAAUAAUAAUAGACAGUUUAUUUGCACAUUUCUAGUUUUGCAAAGAGAUAUUCUGCCUCCCUUUGUGAGGUCCUUAAAAGCAAACACCCCAUUUUCUAAUUCUUUUGUAUUGUCCAAAGCAACUAUUGUUCUGCCCAUGGCAGGGUCUAUAAAUGCUGACUAGAUCACCUACAAUGGGAAAGGCAGCAAAAGAGAAACACUUUUUCAUAACAGGCAAUAUUUCAGGAUUAUAGAUAAUACCUUGUGGGACAGAUGACCUCCUCUCUCAAAUUAUUUUAGUCCCAUACAGCCUCUAUCUACAACCUCUCAAAGAAUAAAAAAUGCAGUCGAAGGUACAGUUGAACCCAGGUUUGUGUCUUGCAAAGUGGUCAUUAAGAUUUUUUUCUACUGGGAUUUUCCAAGCAGACUGAAUCCUGAUAAUAAUACCACCAAUCUAGAUUCUACCAGUUCUAGAAGAAUUGAAUAUUCCUUGCUAAUUACCACUGCUUUUCCUUUAUGGAAAAAGGAAAGUUUUCUUUUAUAGUUUUUUCCCCCAUUUAUCAUUGUUUGCCUUAUUAAUGGCCUUUUAAAUCUAGGUUCUACAGGGUAUUUAUUCUUGAAGCUGGGGCUACACUGUAUUAUUGAUGGAACAUUCCCAUGUGAAUUCUAAUACUCCCAGAAGGUACUGCACAACAAAUCCUAUUUCUGCCAAGAUAUAAAUAGAAGAUUUAGAACUAUAUAAGAGGGAUGGACAGUUCUUGACAUUCAGCACUGCUUCUCAAGAGUGCAUAAAAUAUGAUAGAUGUACAAGGAAAUGCAUUUUCUGCCUCCACCCCCUUUUUUCAAUUAUUAACUUUCCAGUUGUCCUGUUAAAUAAUUUACUAAUUUGCAUAAAAGAAAUAUAUAAUUUGCAAGCCUUACCUCAGAGUGGCAACCAGCCAUCCCAGUUUACUAGAUAACGUAUUUUUCUACCUGAUACUCCUCAAAUAAAUUGAACUGCAGUGUAUCUGCUUUUUCUUUUUUUAAGCUAAUUAAUUCAUUGUUGAUCUGUUUGUUAGAUCUUUUUAAAAUACUCACUGGAUAAAGCUUGAAAUUUUACAACAAUGCCCCUGAGACAAUUUUAGGGAAGUCCUCUGAUUAUUCUAACUUAACUUCAGUGUCAUGGAAAACAGAAUUAUAUAUCCAAGUGUUCUUUCAUAUUCAGAACAUCCAGUACUCUUCCAAGAAGGGAAUGUUCAUGAUUAUAUACACGUAUAUUUAUUGACUGUGUUGCUCAGCUUCUUAUCUCAAGGAGAGUCAGUAACUCUUUUUCUUGAUAAAAACUACCAUGUGAGCCAAGCACGGUGGUUCACACCUGUAAUCCCAGCACUUUGGGAGGCUGAGGUGGGCUGAUUGCUUGAGCCCAUGAGCUCAAGACCAGCCAGGACAAUAUGGUGAAGCCCCGUUUCUACUUAAAAUACAAAAAUUAGCCAGGCAUGGUGGCGCGUGCCUGUUGUCCCAGCUACUCGGAAGGCUGAGGUGGGAGGAUCACUUGAGCCCGGGUGGCUGAGGCUGCAGUGAGCUGAGAUCGUGCCACUGUACUCCAGCCUGGGUGACAGAGUGAGACACUGCCUAAAUAAAGGAAAAAAAAAAAAAAAACAA